UAAACAAGCAAAUACUUGAAUUUGUUGCGUUACGGUUGAUAUCGUGUUUCCGUAAUUAUUUUAAAAAUCAGGUGUUCGUAACACUGUUAUUGAAGCACAUGAUUCCUUUUGAUUGACAAUUUAUUAUUGACAACGAAAAAUAUGGAUUUAUUAUGUAUUAUGGCGCCAUGAAUCAUUGCUAUUUAAUGCAUUUUGAUAAUGUGAUGAGAUAACAUACAUUGUUUUCAAACAGCUGUUACAUUAGAUGACGCUCAAGUUUAGUGGAACUUACAAUGUUGAGGCUGCAGAGCAGGUUGAUAGAUCGGUUUACCAGAAUUCCAUCACAUGUAAUAUUUGGCUGCUGGAUUCUACAGCUGUCGCAUUUAGAGUUGAUAAACGAUGCAUUGGUCAAGCACUUCUGGAUUUGACAUUUGAUUAUCUUGAGCUACUUGAACGGGAUUUCUUCGGACUUGUAUUUACAAUUUUUGAGUCAGAGGAAGGAAACUUAAUUAAAUGGUUGGAUCCGACAAGAAGGAUAAAGAAACAAUGUAAAGGUGUAACAAAUUAUACAUUCUGGUUCCGUGUGAAAUUCUACGUUCCUGAUCCUGUAUGGCUUCAAGAAGAAUAUACAAGAUAUCAAUUCUUCCUACAAGUACGCAAAGAUAUUUUAGAUGGUCGCCUUCCAGUCUCCAGAUCGAUUUCAACGCAAUUAGCCGGAUUAGCAUUACAAUCUGAAUUGGGUGACUACUCACCAGAAGAAUGUCGACCAGGUUAUGUGAAUCAGUUUCGUUUUGUACAAAAUCAAAAUUCCGAAUUUGAAACACAAGCCUCUGAAUGGCAUCGUAAAUCAAGUUCACUUUUACCAGCGGCUGCUGAAUUAGAAUAUUUAAAUGUGGCCCGUUACCUGGAUCACUAUGGUGUAAAAAGUCAUGUAGUGAAAGAUGAACAACAUGAUCUUCAAACAGUGACCAUUGGAGUCUCCUUCAUAGGGAUAAGUCUGUUUCGAGAAAAUAAACUUCUUCAACAGUAUUCUUGGGAUAACAUUGCUAAAAUCAUUUUCAAGGGGAAAAAAUUUACUCUACAUUUGAAAACUCCUAACAAAUCAAUGAAUGGUCAUCUUUCAUCUAUUUCGGGAUUAUCCACUAGUCCAAUUAUGAAAUCAGAAAGUGAAUUAAAACAACAUUAUCGUUUUAAGUCAGCUGUAAGCACAAAAUUAUUUUGGCAAUAUGCUGUUAGCUGUCAUGCAUUUUUUCGUGUUCGAGAACCGAUAAAUACAACAACAACGAAUCGUUCUCAACAACAUCAACAGCAGCAACAACAACAACAACACCAACAACCCCCAUCAUCACCAACUUCGUCAACUAUAUCAGCUACAGCACUUUAUGCAGCUAUGUCACGUGUGGCUAGUGGUUUUCAACGUUAUUUUUCAAUAACUAGACGUAGUAGUCUGUCAACUGCUACUCCUAAUGGUCCAGUCGGUGGAGUUGGUCGUACAUUGUCUACAUUAAUGGAAUUGAGAAAAAGUUCACGUGCUUUUGAUCGUAGUUUCGCAAGAUUGCACAGUAGGCGGAGUAAUCAUCUAUCUCAGAUCAGCCCUACAAAUAAUCCAGUUCAAAACCUUCCUCCAUUGUGUAAGCCAGAUGCCUCAACUAUUUCACCUACAACAAAUCUCUCCGAUUCAAAUACAACCGGUAAUCAAUCAAAAUCUUAUGCUCAAAUACCUCCUCCUGGUGGUGGUGGUGGUGGUAUGAAAAACUCCACUUCUGUAAACACUGGAAUGCCACGUUCAAGUCAUCGAAGUGCUUUAGUGCAGAACAGAGAUUCAAAUAACACAUCAUUGGCGAAUACAUCAGCCAGUGCUAGUGGUAAAAUUAAGAAAUUAAUAAGUUUAGCUGAUGUAGAAAGCUCUACCAAUAUCAGUCGCUUAUCUAGUCAAACAAAACAGACUUCUAACGAGGUAUCUUCCCAAAAAACUUCAGUCAAUAAUUCCUCCAGUGUAUUGGAUAAGUCCAGUCGGUUAAAACCUCAUAAACCAAGUAGCCCAGUGGCUAGUGGCGAUAGAGCAUCACGAUUAAGCCAACGACGUCAUCAUCAUAGCCAACAGCAACAGCAGCAACACCAAGAAAUGGUUUCCACAAAUCAUAGUCAUCAUAAUAAUAUAUCGAAUGACGCAAAAACGUCAUCUAGAAGAUCUCAAAAGGUGUCUGUAAAUGAGAAUAUUGAUUAUGCUGAUGUGGAUUUUGUGGACUCCGUUGACACUAUCAAUAGCAAUGCUAAUAAUAAUACCAGUAAUACCAAUUGUAGUAGUAAAGAUUUUGAUAAAGAUGACACAGCUAGUUAUUGGAGUACCCGCAGAAUGCAACGAUUACAUUCACACAGUAUACUAUCGGUCGGGGUUCCAACAACGUCAGCAGUAACAACGACCAUGACAACAUCGUCGAGUAAUCCUUCAGCUAGUAUAAAAACUCAUUCCAAUUCUAAUGUAAAUAAGGUGGUGGAUGAGUUAGAUGGCGAUCAUUUGCAUCACAACCGUGCACCUGCUAAUACUACUACUGCGACGACUACUAAUACAACUAACACUAUUGUCCCUACAACUAGUAGGCGAAGUCGGUAUCUGCCUACAGAACACUGUAUAAAUACAACUUCGUCAGCUGCUAUGACAACCACAUCAAAUGAUUCAAAUGUCAAUGAUGAUAUGCAUGGGCAUAAAUCACUUCGUACAACGCUAAAUUAUUCUGUCAAUCGGUUGAAUACUUCUUCACGUAGUCAACUGAAUCUUGCAAACAAAGGUUAUGAACAAAAGAAAGAGCAUUCAGAUAUUCCAAUCAACUACGAUAACGAUGGCAACAACAAUCUUCAGCAUACACGUAGUAAUAAAAUUCCUCCUAAAGAUCAAUUUCAUCCUGGUGCACCAGACAGUGAAAAUGCCAUCCCUUCAGCCAGUGAAGUAAAUGAAUUCAAUGCUGAAGGACUUGUACGCAUUACUAUUCGUCCAGAUAGUCAUGGACGUUUUGGAUUUAACGUCAAGGGGGGAAUCGAUCAUGGAAUGCCAGUUAUUGUUAGUCGUGUUGGUACAAAUAUGCCUGCUGAUUUAUGCAUUCCAAGACUAUCGGAGGGUGAUCAAAUUUUAUACAUCAAUAAUAAAGAUGUUUCAAAUCAAACGCAUAUGCAGGUUGUUAAUAUGAUACGAGCGGCUAGUGAACAAUCACAUGGUAGUACACUUGAACUUUUAGUGAAGCCAAGUGAUUACGUUACAGACGACGUGAAUGAUGACAAUCCAAUACCAGAUUCUGGGGAUGCACCACCAGUUCCACCUAGAUCCUAUCAAUCUUCUAUACGUCGGCCUACUCUAUCCCUGGAGAAGUUCACAAGAGGCUCAAAACGUCUGGCACGUUUUUCACUUAGAUCAUCAACAUCUCACAAUCUAGCCGACAGGGAUCAUGACGGCGGUGUUGUACUCAGAAAUUCUUUAUCUGGUUCAAGUUUAUUAGAUUCAAUGAUAGAAUUGGAGACUUUGUUGGCUGAUGGUUCACUACUCAAUCAAUUCGAACAUUUGCCUAGACGAAAAUCUGGUCUCACUAUGAAUGUGUCUCGGUUAAGUGAAAAUUCAAUAAAGAAUCGUUACCGUGAUAUUUCACCAUACGACCAAACGCGUGUUGUACUAAAACAGGGAUCCGGCGAUUAUAUUAACGCUAGUUUUGUGAAUAUGGAAUACCCCAAAUGUGGAGUAAAUUUACGUUACAUUGCAGCUCAAGGUCCAUUACCUAAUACUUAUGGUGAUUUUUGGCAAAUGUGUUGGGAACAACAAGUUUGUUUAAUUGUUAUGCUGACAGCUAUUAGUGAACGUGGUCGAGCCAAAUGUCAUCGAUACUGGCCAGAUCUCAAUCAUACUGUGAAUUUCAAUGUUUCAACAAGUCCUAGGAUUCCUCAGCUGCGCAGUUCAACAGAUCUACAGCUGAAAACUAUACGAGAAGAAAUAACUUCAGAUGUCGCCUAUCGAGAAUUCGACAUCAGCCAGUUGCCUUCAAGUCGUACCUCUUUACAAUCUGUCCUACGAAAAAAUACAGAAACACGUCGUAUUACACAACUACAAUACAUCAGUUGGCCUGAUCAUGGUGUACCAAAUGAUACAGAUCAACUGAUAGCAUUUGUAGAACGAGUUCAACGCAUCCGUGGAGAAACUUCAUCACCAGUAGUUGUACACUGUUCUGCUGGUAUUGGUCGAACAGGCGUUCUAAUUGCUAUUGAAACCUCGAUCAACUUAAUGGAACGCAACUUUCCUGUCAAACCACUGGAAUUAGUUCAACGAAUGCGUGAUCAUAGGGCUAUGUUAAUUCAAACCACUGGUCAAUUUCAAUUCGUGUGCGAAACUAUUCUCAAGGUCUUUCAUCGGAAUCAUGCAGAGAAUUUGCUCAAAGAUUCUAAUGCGUUGACAAGUCAAUCUUGAUCAAUUAAUUAUCUGCGCAAUUAAGCCGUCAAUUGAUAUCAAAAUAAAAAAUAUGAAACAAUUAAAUGGUUCAUGGCGUAUACUGGGAAGUCAGCCCCUGCCGCUCCUUCUCUCUCUCUCCCUGUGGAUUACUUCAAUGCCUCAUGAGAAAGAGAGAAAGAGAGUCAAAAGUUGUAUAUGUUUCGAUAUUCGAUUUUUUUAUAUUUGUGAUCCACUAACUCCCGUUUCAUUAUCCUACCGGAUUCACUACAGUUUAUCUUACAUUCAACUUGUAGUCAGUUCAAUCAACAGCUUUGUAUACCUCCAUCUGAAUUAAAACUAUUUAUUCCUCAGUUUUGAUAUUACAUAUCUAUCUAUCUCAGACAAUCUUAAUCAUCACUUUACUCAGUAAUGCUUUUCUUGUAUAAUUUACUCCAGUUUGUAUGUGAUAAAUGUUGAUUUUGUAUUAUUAUUAUUAUUAUUACUAUUAUUAUUAUUGUCUAACACUGAAGUCAACUGUCGAUAUCAGUAAUUUCAAGCACAUAUCUCUGCAGUCACUUAGUUCUAGAGUUCAUCAGGCACUGAACACUCUUCAUUCUUCGUUGAGGAUUUACUGCGGACACAGUACACCUUAUAAAACAAAAUAAGACACAUAUUAUUACACGAAACAGUGAUAUGCAUUUUUUUCUUUCUUUUUCUUUUUUCAAGUACCAUUUUACUUUAUAACCAUCAAUGUACUAAUUAAUGUAUAAAACAUUUCGUCUGAUGAAUUCUUCAGGAAGAAUUCUCCCCUGUUGGGUUGCCUAGUGAGUCUGCAGUAAAUGCUUUCACGCCUUCAGAAAAAAAACAGACAGUGUGUAGGAAGAUUUACAAAAAACAAAAUUCCUUCCUGUGUGUUCCCCUUACUUCUCCACACAUCUCAAUCAAUACCUGAAAAUGAGAAUAGCAGGCUAAAAGGAGAGAGAGACUAAACCAAGCCAGAUAAUGAAAUUAUAAAAAUUAAUAAUAAUCCUUCAUUAUGAUGUGUUAUUUUUAUGCAAAAGAGAAAAAGUUUAUACAAGAGUUUUCAAAUAAAAUUUCAUCAUCUUCUAUCUAUAUUCUAUUUAUCAGUAGGAUAGAAUUACUUGAAUUUCGAUGUUUCUGUCAUUUGUUUAGCCGCCUUUAUAUUCUCAUCGAGGGCACAUAUAGGCAUCGAAAAAGCUAAAAAAAAAUGCAAACCACUGAUGUAUGUUUUCGUUUAGUGGUUAUUCAAACAGUGUUUGCACAAAACUGUUCGUGUUCUCCUUCUUCUUCUUCUUCUUUCACUCUUUUAAUUUUUAAUUAUUUUCCUGGAAUUUUGAGAAAUUUUUAAAGCCUGUUCACUUUGUAAUCAUUUCCGUUAUUCAUCCUAAAUAGGUCAAAGUGAUUUCUUUUUGUUCAUUGGUUAAGAUUGUGUGUGUGUGUGUGAGAGUGUGUGCGUGUAAAAGUCAACCUGUGAAGUUUUUGUAUACUAUUUCAACGUUACAGAACACGUUGGUGAGGCCUCUCUGGCGUUUUUUUCAAUAUUUGUAAUGACUGAUCUCAGGAAAUUAUUCCUUGAAACUUUUAUUCAUUCAGUUAUAAAUCAUGAUUAUGCAAAUUAAAGGUGUUGAAAAGACUCACACACAAAGAUCUAAUCUGUUGGGUUUCUCCUGAUGGGAUGUACAUAUUCCCGUCCGAGACAAUACUAACCGAGAUAGACAACUUAUUCACAUAUCAUAAAAAAAUAUUAAUAUUUAUUUUAUAUCUAAUGUAUUUAGUUAGUUAAUGUCUGUUAACUUGAUAUUGAUUGAAUUUACCUCUUGAAAUUGUGUGAUUCUGCCUUAAAAAAUUUAUGCUUCUUUAAAGAUGGUAUAUAGUUAAUUCCUCUGCUAAUGGUUACUUAUUCGAAUAAGUUUCAUUUGAAGUGAUAAUAAUAAUUGCCACUGUCUUUAAAAUCAUGUCUAUAACUGAAAUCAUAAUUAG